GCGGGGUUUGCCGCACGCUCUCAUUUUGUUAAUUUUGCAGGAAAUGUACAAACCGAAGGUCGCCGAGGAUGUAGACCAACUGAUUCGAGCCGAGAUACCCGACCCAGACACCGAGAGAGAACUCUACGACAUUGUGGUAACCAACAUGAUGCAUGGACCUUGCGGAGUUUUAAACCCAGCGUGCUCCUGCAUGGUAGACGGGAAAUGUCAGAAAGAUUUUCCCAAACCUUUCAACAGCGAAACGCAGUUCAGGAGCGCUGGAGGUUAUCCUGCCUACAGACGUAGAGACGACGGCCGUGCAGCUUUAGUGAGGAACAGAGAGCUCUUCAACGAUUCCGUUGUGCCGUACAACCCUUAUUUGUUACUGAAAUACAAUGCGCAUAUCAACGUGGAAGUGUGUUCGACAGUUAAAAGCGUCAUGUACCUGUACAAGUACGUAUACAAAGGCCAUGACGUGGCCACAGUUCGGGUUUGCGCUAACGACGAAAUUCAGAGGUUCAUCGACACGAGGUACGUGAGCGCACCGGAAGCGAUCUGGAGACUCUUCUCUUUCCGUAUGCAGAACAGGAGCCAUGUCAUUGUUCGAUUGGCUGUACAUUUAGAAGGUAGGCAUAAUGUUUUUUUCAGGUCCAGUGAACUGAUACAACAGGUCGAACGAGCAAGAUUUCGAGACACCAGCCUUACCGCAUACUUCCGCCUGAACGCAACGGAUCCAGAGGCUCGACAAUACCUGUACCACGAAGUGCCCAAUCACUAUUGUUGGAAUGUUUCAACAUGCACUUGGACUAGGAGAAGAACAAACACUGGCGACCGGGUCAUAGGUCGAAUGCGGGGCUGUGUGUCAUUCGCCGACGUGAAGACUGUUGACGGCGUGCUUCAUCCCAGUUACAAAGCAGCCACGACGGCACUUGGGUUGCUCGAAGAUGAUACGGCGUGGAGCCGCUGUCUGGCAGAGGCCUGCCAACACGACACUCCGCGUCAGGUUCGGGCCCUCUUCACAAUCAUCUGCGUGUACUGUUUGCCGACCAAUCCGCUGGGACUUUACAACGGUGUCGAGGAACAUUUGAUGUCGGAUUUCUUGCGAAACCAGCCGGAAGGCGCUGCUAGGGCGGCGUGUCUUAACGCCAUAAAUCAUUUACUCGGUACCCACGGUAAAUCGCUUGCUGAUUUUGGUUUGCCUGUUCCAGAUGUGAUCGAAGAACUUCCAGACGCGGUACAUGACGCUAUUGGUGAAGCGGAGCGGGGUGAUGUGUUACUCCAGCAGCUCAACGUCGAACAGAGGGCCGUGUACGAUCGCGUGAUGGCCGCAGUGUUGGACCCCCGUCCGAGCGCCAAGGUCUUCUUUGUCAACGGCCCCGGUGGAACUGGUAAAACGAUGCUCUACUCCUGUCUCAUGUCUGUGUUGCGUGGCCGAAACAUGGAUGUACUGGCGGUGGCGUUCACCGGAAUCGCGGCCGGUCUGUUGGACGGCGGGAGGACUGUGCAUUCCACCUUUGGUUUGCCUUUCGGAGUGCUCACGAACGAGUCCACUUCCACAAUCAAAUUGCAGUCUCGCAUGGCGCACAGGAUUCGCGACGCUGCGCUCAUCGUCUGGGACGAGGCACCCAUGUCCCCAGGGUUCCAGUUGACUGUUGUCGAUCGGCUGCUGAAGGACAUCAUGCGAUCGAAUCUUCCUUUUGGUGGUAAGCCUUUUUUGCUAGGUGGUGAUUUCAGGCAGAUUCUUCCGGUCAUCUCCCACGGAAUGAGAAGUGACAUCGUCGGCGCUUGCAUCAAAUCCAACGAGCUGUGGCCCGUCAUGCAACAGUUUUCCCUCACGCGGAACAUGCGAGCGGACGGCGACAGAGAGUUUGCUGCGUGGCUUCUCCUAUUGGGUAAUGGUAAUGUUAACAGGUACGGCGACGACGAGAACGCCAUACAAGUACCCCGCAGAUUUCUAUGUCAAAUUCCAUUGGCCGACUUCGUGUUUCCGCAAAUUAUGAACUUGCGCAACAUCAAUGACUACGCGAACAAGGUAAUUUUGUGCUCCACCAACGAGGGGUGUCGUCAGAUGAACGAAGGCAUUCUCCGCAAUCGUCUCGAGGGUGAAAUCAGGCAUUACUUCAGCACGGAUACCAUAGAGUGCGACGACCCCGAGGAUGCCGCAGACUUCCCGAUAGAGUUUAUUCACUCACUGCACCCCACGGGACUCCCUCUUCAUGACCUGGCUCUUAAAGUGGGCGCUGUCGUCAUGCUGCUGAGAAACCUGGACGCCAAGAGAGGACUUUGUAAUGGUACGAGAAUGGUAAUUGUUGAACUUCGACGUUUGAAUUUCAGAGCUAGGCUGCUCAACGCUACCGAGCACGACGACGACAUCAUUAUUCCCAGGAUUCCGCUGACCACUACCGAAGAUGACGGCUUACCUUUCAAGCUUAAAAGUACAAAAGAACUUCUUUUUUGUAAAAUGGCGUCACGAAUUAUCAUCGACAUCUUAUAUGUGUAUGAGGAAUCUGUGGGAUUACGCUCCAGUGGAUAUACGGCGAUAAAAUUAGUCAACGGAAAGAUUGAAGAAGUAAGGUUUGAUGUUAAAGAGCUGAUUGAAAAAAGGAAUGACAUUGAUUUUAUCAUCAAGAAACAUGAGCGUAAUUGA